CAGAAAUCCUCUUGCUAUAUUCCCAUCGUGAGCAGUGCAAAGCUCUGGGAGAGAAGCCAAGUGCAUGUAAACGUUCCCAGCAGGUCUCCCCUAGCAGCUGAAGUGAGGACAGAGGAGUGAGCGCAGCUCUGUGUGAGGUCGCAGCCUAGCCCUCAUCGUGAGAGAACUGCUUUGCCCUGCUCCAGAUUCAUGAACCAUAUGAAGAAUUUCUCAGAAUCUCAUAGAUUUAACAGUCUAAGUUUUCUACAUUUUCCAGGGUACUUGACACAUUGGGUGUUGUAAAUCUUAGACUGUUUUGAAGUUUGACAUCUUUAUCUGCCAUACUGAAUUCUGAUACUGGAAAUGUCUUCAAAAUUGAUCUAACUCUCUCCCCCAUGAAAGAUCCCCUCCUCAACAUUCAUUCGAUUUUUUUAACAACAUAGCUUGCAUAUUCCUGGAGAUGAAAAGCCAUUGCUAUGAGAGGUAACCCAUUCCACCAAACCAACCUGUAGUUAAUGUCAUCUUGCUAGAGGAAGUCAAAAUGUAUCAUCAGAUGACUUCAAUAUCUGCUCUUAGAUCUCUUGAGUCCAGACUCUAGCUAUCCUUUCUCUUUAUAUAUUUGAAUAUUUUUGUAUAUCAUGUACUUUUCUCAACCAAGUUUAUUCUUUCCAAACUGAAGACUACCUCUCAAUUUAAUACAGAAUUUGUCCUCUAAGUUGUAGUCCCAGACAGUGUUUUUGAAUAUAAUAUAGGACAUCCAGUCAAUUAUUCAGACAAUUUUUCAGUUCAAGUAUGUCUCGUAGAGUAUAUUCAUUGUUUAUCUGACAUUCAAGUUAACUUGCUGUUUUGUUUGCUGAGUCUGACAACCCUAUCUUCAGACCACUUGGAUCACAAUCACCUGGGGGUCUCCUACCCCAGAAUUUGUAAUUAAAUGCACCAUUCUUAUUCACUGAUAUUGAGAAUCACUUACCCACUUAUCAGACUCCUACUUUUCCUACUUUGGGUAUACUCUUUUUCGUUAACAUUCUAAAUUUUUUGAAACUUUAAUUUUUUGAAAAAGAAUUUUAAACUUUGAAAUAAAUCUCAAACAAUGUUAAGGUGCUAGAUGCUAGCGUAGGCAGUAAACAAGAAUAACCAAAGAUUCUGCAUUAUGUAAUGUACUUUUUAGAGGGACAACCAGUCAAUAAAUAAGUAAAAGAUCAAUCAUAUCCUAAUAUAAUUCCAGGAUGUAGUUAGUUUUGUGAAGAAAAGUAAAUUUCGGUAAGGAGAGAGCAUUGGGAAUGAAAAAUUUCAUUUUAGGGAGAUAUCUAUGAAGAGGUAAUAUUUGUGCAAAACAUGAAGGAUGCAAGAGACUAAGCUAAUGUUUAAGUCUUGGGAAACAGUAUUCUAAUUAGCAAAGUCUUGGGACUUGCGUGGACAAGCUUGGAGUAGGAGGAAGUUCCCUGUAGCUGGCAGGAAGUAGAAAAGGUGUGGAAGGUGAUAAGACAGAUUAAGUAGAAAGGUUGGGAGAGGCUAUGUCAAUAAGGGCCUUGGAACCAUAAUAGCAAAUUUUCAUUUUUCUGUUAAGUGCAAUAGGAAGCCAUUGGAAGAGUUUUCGUGAGGAAGUGACAGGAUGUAAUAUUUAAAAUGAUCCCACUGUUGGCUCAAUGGAGAAUAAAAUGAGAAGCGUUACCAUGGGUAUCAUACCUUCAUUGUGAGGCUAUUACAGAAGUCCUGGUUCCCCCCUUUGCAUUUGUUGUUGACCUUCUUCUGGUCAAGUCCCUUGAAGAACACUAUCAUAUGCUGGUGAAGGAGUGUAGGCUCAGAAAACAGAUGGCCUUGGGUUCAAAUUAGGAUUCUGCUGAUUCAUAUUUGUGGGUGUUGACCAAGAUUAUUAGCCACCAUGGACUUUGUUUUCUUAUUGUGAAAAAAGUGGGAGUAACAAAUACUUUAUCAGGCUGUGAUGGGCAAAUUAAAUUUGGUAAUAAGUACAAUUCUUUGAACAGUUCCUGGCACAUGAGUGCACAAUAAAAUUAGAUAUUGUUAUCAUUAUUGAGCCCAACAUACUUUCUCUUGCCUUAGGACACCAUUGUCAUUUUCUCCAUGUUCAGUGGGCUAAAUAUUGCUUAUUAUGGGGCAAAGCAAGUCAUAAAUCCAGCAUAGGUUAAGAAAGAGGGAAACAGACUGUGUUUGGGAAAGGUCACAUUGCAAAGGAAAAACAAAGAAUUGGGGCUCUUUGUGCAAUGCAACACUACAGAUGCCAGGAGACCUAUUGCCAGAUGCCUGCUAAAGCACACAUUUUGGGUUUUGAAUGUGUCCAAAGGACCCUGCUCCAAGAUGGCGUCAACUUCGUGUCAUGGCCUUCAACUUUGAUAUUGCAAGAUUCAGCUUUUGUGUUGUCCAGAAUACUGGCUAUUCCUUGGCUAUUCUUGCUGCCUUCUAACUGGAAAAGCUUUAGCUCAUAGAAACCUGAGCAGAUGAGAAUGUAAUGAAUGGGAAAAAGAACUUGUACUUGAGCAGACGCAUAGAUAUAUACACACCUGGAACCACAUAAUUAUUUUUUCGUGGAGACAACUCCAGUUGGAUGCCAUAUCUGAACAGCCUGGGACCACAGAGCCUGAAGUCUGUGAGCAUCAGAUGCUUUUAGUGCUGCCGUUCUUGCUUUGCCAUAAGACUGUCACUCAAAAAGGGAGUCCCUCCCUCUGCCCAUGAAUAAGGCCUGCCUGCCAACACCAAUUCCAGCUGUGAACAUGUAAUCAGCUCUUCUAUGGCCCCAAAAGGGUAGUCCCAGAGGCCUAAAUUUAAUUUUCAUGCAUAUUUGUCUUCUCACUCUACUUUAUGCAAACACUUCUUUGUCGCCAACACAGGCGCCAACUGUUUUGUUUGGAUAAUUGCUCGAAGUCAACCCUAAACUACAGGGAGCUCCUUUUUUCAGAAAGCACAUUUUGGUUAAUAUUCAGUUAACCAAAUUAUAUCUUCCUUCGUCACUUCCUACAGGGUUUCAGUGUUGAUUUCUGUAAACAUUUUAUUCAUUUUGAAACCAUUCAACACAAGUGUCACGUUGAUUAUCUUCCACACUGGGUUGGUUGGAAUGAGUAAAGAAAACAGGGGCUCUGUAGCCCCACAGAUCAUCUGCCAUGUCUGUUUUUCUUCCAAAUAAUUCUCUAUUCAUCUUGCCACAAUCAGCUGGUCCUAGAGUGGCUGUAAUAACCUAAGUGGAGGUUUGUGUCCAUAAUAGGGCUGAAGGGACAGGGAAAAAUGAACUCUUGUAAAACAAAGAUCUUAUUUGUAUGGAAAUGAAUAGCAACUCUGAAAUAAGGAUGAGACAUAUGGAAAAACAUAAAAUAUGUAGAGAACAUUUUAAAAUAGAAUGUCCUCAGAAAUGUUCCAUAUGGCCCAGUAGUAUUUAAGGUAACAGAAAGCAGUGGCAGCUGUAAGUGUUCAUUCUUGGGGUUCAGGACUCAGUUCAUAAAACUGUACUCUCCAAUCCAAUUGAAGAAUGAUUUCUUUGUCCACUUCCUGGGUCUAAUUAAUUUAGAGUUGGGGGAGAGUUAAAUUAAUAAGUUAUUAAUGAAGAUCUGCAGUUUUAAUUAGCUUAUUUCAUUUUUAAUAGAGUGAUAAGUGAUUCUUAAGUUAGCAUCUCUACCCAACUGAGUCAAUAGUUAUACAAAUUUAAUGCAGUUUUAAAGUAUUUAGAGUUAUAGGCUCUAAGUAUUGCAGUAUAAUACUACUACAAGAGUGCAUAACAGAAGCAUAAAUAAAAAAAUGAUACAGGGCAUUGAAAUAAUAUCCCCUGACAGCACAACUGACAUACAUACAUCCCUAAUGCUGGUCAGCAACUACAAUCUAAAGCCAAUCAAGCAAAAAAUCACACAUUUUAAAGAAGAUUUUCUGAUCUUUGCCAUAGUGUUAAAAGGAUUUGGGAAAAUCCGUGUAAACACUGAGUGUAUUUCAUUAGUUAGAAAUCCGUAGAUAAACUGGAUCUCAAUAUACCAUAUGCUUUUCAGAAAAUAAAGAUAAUAUUUAGUCCAUCAAAUGUGAAACUAAGUCAUGACAGAUGACAUAUCAUAAUACAUUAAAUGCCAGACUUAUCAAAGGAGAGUGCUUCUUUUUAAUUUCCUGGGCUGAGGUGUUAGCUCAGUUUUUUGAAUGUUGGCUUGCUUUUUCCUUGAUUUCUAUCUUAAAUUUGACAUCUGAAAAUAAAAGAGAAAUAUGAGAGGAAAUAAAGGAUAUAUAUCCCCACACAAAUUUAAUGAAUCUAUUUUUGUGUACUCUAAUAGAAUCUCUGACAAUGAGCAUCAAAAGUCUAACAGACUUUUCAGUUGGUAAACUGCAGGACUAUAACCAGGUUAUUCUAUUGACAUUAGUUUCUUGGUUUUAUUUUGUCUGCACAAUCCUGAUCAACUAAUUUCAUUUUUUUCCUGUUGCUAAACUUUUUUUUUUGGCUGAAUCAACUGGAUGUUUGGCUUUGUGUAGACAUAGCCUCACUGUAAGUUGGCCCCUAAUUCAAUAAUUCACCAUGAAGACUGGUUUUCAUCCUUACUGUGUUGGACAGGCAUCUAAUCAACCAUUAAUUUCCUUUUUGUUGGGUGAACAUAAUAACUAUUUUUGUCUUUCUUGCUGAUAGGAAACAGAGGCAGAGAGGAUUAAGGACUGCCCUAUGCCAGAAAGGGAGGUUGUAGAACUCAGUUUCAGGAGUCAUCCCUACAGCAUUCAGGAGUGAUGUAGUGGAAAAAAGACAGAAUUUGGGUAAAAAUGAAAGAGAUGGAGGAGACCUAAAGGAUAUGUGCAUCUACAGGGUGUGAGAUAUUUUUCUGAGCAUUGUAAGUCAAGUUUAAAAGAUUGCUUCAAUAAAGAAAGAGUUGGGCAACUGUGGACAUGUAACUUAACUAUUCUAAGCCUUUUUUCAUCAUCUUCAGAACAGAACACAUACAAUGAAAUUUUAAAAUGUUAAUGAGAAAAUAGAACAAAAAUAGAACAGUGUUUCCAUGAACUUUAAAAAUUUUUGAAGCCCCCAAACUGUGUUAUUGAGCAAUAACACAUAAACUAAUAAGAAAUAUGCAAUUAUUCAUUAUUGUUACCAGGGACCAUACUGCUAUUAAUUGAUUUUUGAAUUUACUAAGAGAUGGUUAAUACAUUUUUCUAAGGAUGAAAAUUCUUCACAACUUAUUGAAGUAUCUUUUCCAUAAUCAAUCUAUUUACUUUAGAGAAAUAGAUGAACUUAAUAGUAUUCUUAUGAAUUUAAGCAUUUUUGAUAUUGAACCAGUUAAGUGGCAAAGAAAUGCAAUUUCAGUUAAUGAACCAUUGAUAAAAUUUAUAAUAUAGUAAAAUAAUAAUGCCCAUUGUAAAGUCUAAUUUUAUUAAAGUUAUUUUGAUUAGUUACCACACAGAUAAACUGCAGUUACAUUGGCCAGCAAAGAAGAAUGACUUUUAUCCAAAGUACAUGGAAUUUGACAUGAGGUGUGUAUCAGGGAAGAAGCGAGUUGGGGGUCUUCUGAGGCCGUAGAAUCCUGUGUCUUAUGCUUCUCAGUCUUCAUUCAUGUCAUCCUUUUUUCUUCAUUGUAGUCUCUUCAAUGAAGACUGAUAAUGUGGCACCCAAUAGUUCACAACUCAUAUCUUACAGUAUCUUUUCCGGACAGGAACUGAGAUGGGCUCUGUUAGGUCUCAGGGAUAAGUAUUAUCCAAGUAUAUGUCAGUUUUACAACCUGGACCAAUCAACUGCAGAGAGGGAUUUGGGUAUCAUCUGGAUGAUUUUCCCUUUGUAACUAAGAAGGGAAGAAGCUAAGAGUAAGCAAGCUUUCAUUUAGACCUCCUAGGAUCAUUAGCUUGAAGGAUGUGUGUGUGUGUGUGUGUGUGUGUCUGAGCAGACAGAAUAAACAUGAUUACUAUGUAAAAUCAAUAAAACAUUGCCAUAAAAGGCUUUUAAGAAACUUACUUAAAUACAUAUAAUGGUUAUUUUUUUGUGUUAGUGCAUUUAUUUAUCAGCUAUUUGUUGAAUCUUCACAGAGUACAACAUACAAGGCACUAGGCUGGAUUCAGAAAAGUAUAAAGAUGUGUUUCUUCCCUCCAGUAACAUACAAAUUUGUUUUUGCAAAAGAGAAGGAAGAUCUACUCACAUGAAUGAUGCCAUGAAAGUGUGUUCUGUGAGGAUAUCCGGAAGACCAUUCAGAGGACGGGGAGGGUGUUGGAGCCAUGAGCAGUCUGAGGAGGCUUCAUGAAAGCGUGGUACUUACUGGGCCUUGAGGACUAACAGGAUGUGGAGAGGUAGAAAACACUGCAGGUGGAAGAUAUUCUGGGUGAAGCCAAUUGUGCAGAAAACUCAAUGCCAAGACAAAUAUAGGAGAAAAAUAUCACAAUUUUGGAUAACUUUUCCUGAUAUAUGUUUUAUACGACUACCUUGUUAGAAAAUGCCCUUUUCAAAGAUAGCUCAAAAGGGGGCUUUGUCCUGUCCCUUAUAAUCAUGCCUUGUUCUGAAACAAUGGAGCAUAAGUGGACGAGGAUGUAUUUGGUCACUCGGUGUCUUCUCUAUCAUACAGGAAAGGCAGGUUAUUUCAGUGUGAGAGCACUUCUUUUUGUGAAGUGUUUAUUUUAUUUAACAGAAACUUACAAAUCAAGAGAUAAUGAAUUCCAACUGAGUCCUACUGUUUAAAGUUACUAUUUAUAUGUAUAAAUGUAUACACAAAUGGUGAAACAGACAAAGUUUUUCCUUAUGGAAUUUGGAGUAAUUUUGAAGUUAAGAUAAUUCAAUAAGCAGUUUCAGAUAGUUGAGUGUUAUGAUAAAGUUAGUCUGAGAACUUUGAAAACAAGCAGCAAGAGGAUUCAAGGAGUUUAGAAUUUAGGAAAAAGAACUGAAGGAGUUAGAAGAAGACAGCCUAUGGAAAAUAUUUCCAAUAGAAAGAAAGUAGAUGCAUGUCAGGAGAGAGUAUAAUAUGUGUGAGGAAUUAAAAAAAAAACACGGCUCAUCAUCUUAUAACAGUAAUGUCAGGGUGAGGGAGCUGAGAUACACCCUUGUCCACUACUCUUUCUCUUGCUUAUUUUUUUUUAAAGAUAUUUUAAAUAGGAAUAAAUUCUAACUUUUUUUAAAAGGUAGUGUUGCAUCUUCAGAACCUUGUAUCUUUAAUGUUGAAUAAAUAAUUUUCUCUAAUCAAGAUUAUAAAGCUGGAAAACUUGAUAAAGAUUUUCAGUUUAAUAUUAAAUGUAUAGGACACCAUUUACCUUCAUUUAAUUCUGCCAUCAUAUUUUGCCUCUGCAUAACUUUCAACUAAAACACACUGUUGUCAGUAAGCCCAGGCCUUUGAAUUAUCUUCUCAUUGUGUUAACAAUCUAAGUAUCACUGAUAAAAUUUUGAUGAAUUGGUGGUCUUUACCAUUAGGAAUAUCGUUGGAGACUCUGAGACAUUAAAAUAUGUGAUUUUUCUUUUCAUUGUGGGAAGUUAUGCCUGUUAGAAGGAGAUGCCAUUUAGCCAAAUGAUAACAUGUUAUUAAAUUAAUAUUUUAAUUGGGUUGCCUGGUUAUUCUAACCCCCAGUGGCCUCGAGGUAUACUCCUUAAACAUCAUUCCUCACCAUAAUGUCUGUUGCUGCUUCAAAGAAGUGAAAGGAUAUUUGUUUAAAAAGGCUAUCAUCACUCAAGAUCAUUUGCUCCUUGGUGUCAGCUGUCAGCCUAAUACAUUUAUUUGGACAACAGUAGAUUCUGACAGAACCUAUAAAGUUCUCUUUCUUGGUUGUGAAAUAUGAUGGAUGUGCCAUACUGGUGACCUUUACACAAGGCCACAUGUUAAUAUUCAGGACCUCCCUUUUGUUGGCCUUGAACAAUGGCUGUCAUUAAGAAAGCUUGGUUUGCCAAUAUGCCCUCUGUUAGGAUGCUGGGCCACUCCUGAUUGGUCACCAGGAAGUAUCAUGUGCCUUUGAUGGAAAUGACAUGGAAGAUGUAUGGUCAAAGUGCUGCGCUCAGCACCACUGCUGUGCAGAGGAGAAAACCACUAUGACCCAAAUAGCCCCGCACUCAAACAAUGUCGCACCAACCAAAGACAACAUAUUGGGAAGAAAAAUGCUUGUAAACUGCAUGUGUUGGAAGAUGUAUUGGCCAGAUGGCCAUAGGGCAAUCUUUGAACUAUUGAAAUCUUUAGAAAUAUUGUUUGGUUCCGAAACAAUACUUACAAACCUAAUUAAUCAAGCUUAGAUGGUUUAUUUUCAGGCUUUCCACAGUGUGUUGCUUUAAUGCAAGAAUAGGGUCUGUCGGGUCCUUUUUGCUGUUUCACAGAGGCACGCAAAAACUCAGCAUGGGCAUUCAUGUUCAUACAAGUUGAAGCUCUAAAUUUCAAAAUAAUAUCUACAUAGAUCUCUGGUGAUCCCUUCAACAAAGGCCAGGGAUGGGGGUAGCCUGUAUUCAUUUUUCAAUUGUUUCUGACUCCAUGGGUGACUUUUUUUUUCCACCCUACUACCUAAUUUUAUUCAUCAGAAUCAUUUAUUCACAAUCACUUAAGGAACAUGGUCAUUCUUGUUGAAUUCUCUGGGUGGAGGGGAAAAACACUUAGCUUUUUCCUUGAAGAACAAAUAUAAUGAAAGGUUGCUUUCCUGUAUAUGUGCUAUUGAAUGGUGUGAGUUAAAGUGUUCACAUGUAGAGCCUUAUUUCUGAAUCCCAAGGUCACAAUUCCCAAGAAUCAUUGAGAAAAAUGGCACAUCCUCAAGUGGGGAGAGUAAGAGAUUCAGAAACAGCUUCAUAUAAGAAGGUUAAGGGGCUAACUGGGGGAUAACAUGGUGGUGGGGGGAGUUGUACAAACCUUUUGUGCCUCAAGCAAGUUGUAGUUGAAAUAAACUAAUCAUUUAAAUGAAAGAAUCACCAAGUAUUUAGUUGCAUGCAAAAUACUGCUUGGUCUGAAUUUUAGCAAGAUGUGAAAUAUUACACUGGGGUAUGGCAAAUUGAAUUGUAUGAGUUCAGUUCCCAAAGGUCCACUCCUGGUUAUUCAUUUAAAGGCAGAUUAUCAACUUAGUGGGUUAUCCCAGUGCUCCCCACUGUGUCCUCCAAGGCUAUGUCACUAUUCACCAGCUGGUUAAAAUAUAUAAGUUCAGAGAAAGGAAAGGAGCUAAAACUCAGCCCACAAUUCUACAGUUUGUAGAUAAUUCAGAUGAAAGAUUUAAUGGGAGGAGAGAUGCCCAUGUUUGUUCCUUAUCAGAAACAUACAAAUUAAAACCACAAUGAAGUGCUAUGUUAUAGCCAACAGAAGGCAACAAUUGAAAAAAAUAAUUCAGGUAAUAACAAGUGUUGGCAAGGAUGUAGGACAACAGAGAGCUGUAUAUGCUGCUGGUGGAAGUGUCGAUUGUGCAGAUACACUUUGGAAGACACUGAAUAUUAUGAAAUAAAAUUGAAGAUAUGCAUAUACUAUGAUUUGUCUAUUUCAAUCCUAGAAAAAUUCAAGAAUAUGCACUUGAUGACAUGGAUAAGAAUGUUCAUAGCAACCUUGUUGGUAGUAGUAAACCCAAAACUAAACUAGAAUUCACAUUUGUGUCCAUCAAUAAGAAAAUAGAUGAAUAAAUAGUGGAUAUUCAUAUAAUGAGAUUGAGUAAACAUGGUACAUGUAUAUACUCUAUUGUAAAUAUGAUAUUGGGUAAACUAUGUGUAUAUGUAUACUUUGCUGGGCAUAUGAUAUUAAAUUGUGGUAUUUUAACUGCCCAUAUUUGGCUAAUUCUGACUUACAAAAUAGCAAUUCCAUAUGAACACCUGUUUGAUAAAUCAAUGAAGAUAAUUAAAGAAAACAUUUCAUAUAAUUAAAACAAAGAGCUACUCAGAGAUUCAGAGGGUUAUUGGGGUUAGAGAAACUUGUAAAGAUCAUUUAAAAUUAAUUUUUGUAUUAAUAUAAAGAUCAUUUAAAAUAAUUUUUGUAUUAAUAUAAUGAAUGAUCAUUUUAAUUUUUCUAUAGAUGAGGAAACCAAAGCCUGGAGACAUUCUUUCAAUGAAUCAAUGAAUCCUGUAGAACCAAACGCUCUGACUAUCUGUAAAUAGUAUCUUGUGUCUGAAGCAUGUUUAGAAGUUUAGAACAUUCCAAUAUACAACAGUAUCUCUGGGUGGAAGAUUUUCUGUGAUUUAAGUGCAACUGCAUAUGACUGAUAGUGUCAUUGGGAAGCAGUGACAUCAUGUGGGGAAGGUGAAGUUUCUGAAUACUUGGCAGUUUCCUUCUGAUGCAGGCGAGGGGCUGGCUCUGCGUGUACUUCACUAGGUGGGGGGAAUAACAUUGGGAGAAAGAGCAUCCCUUCCCUACAGAAUCAAGGUAUAUAUUUAGCAGAGUGCCUGAACUAUGACAAAUGCCUGCCCCUCUUGUGACCACUUCACUUUCCUAAAUCUGUGGAAGACAUUAGUAGUUGUCCCAUGAUUGUGGACACAGUCCUAGAGUUCAUCUUUAAAAAGUCAGUACCACAACCAAUUUAGGGGACUUAUGUUUGAGCCAAAACUUGUUUGUGAAAACAAGGGAGAGAGGGGUGAGAUUGGGGGAAAGAGAAGUAUGGUUAUUUUCUUAGAUCUGUACUUAUGAAAUACAUAAAAAUCUGUUCUCUUUGUGAUACUGGAUAAGGGAUAAGGCCAUAUGGCCAUUAGAACUUUAAUGGGUGAUAAUGAUGAGUUGAGCAAUGUGGAUCAAUCCCCGAGGAAGGAAAUUGAAGUGACUUGUCCUCAGACAACUCUGCAGAAGGGCAGCAUGGAGAGUGGUGAAGUGGACAUGGAGAAGGGCACCAAUGCCAUACUGAAGACUGUCCACCAGAGACAUCACGGAUUCAUUCACUCACCUGUUCUUUCCACAGUAAGGUUCUGAAUGUCCAUGAUGUGCCAGGUACUGGGCAUGGGAUUCAGAGAUGGCACUUGCCCUCAGAGACCUGACAUUCUAGGAAGACAAAUGGACCUUUGAUUUGUAAAGAAUUAUGUAUAUAAUUUGAGAGUACAUGAACACGUUCAUGGGAAUCUACUCUGUGAUUUUCAAAAUAUAUUGUUAUUCACUAUCAACACCACGCUAUGUAUCUCUUGCUGUAAUUUUUCUUUGUUCCUCUAUAAGGAGUAUGUCCCCACACAUAAUUAUCCCCUGAAAUUCUCUAAAAUUUUUCUUUCUUUAUUUGGUUUUCUGCAGUUGGAAUAUGAUAUGACUAGAUGUAGGCUUUUUUAAUUUUUCAAUUAUCCAUCUUGAUGAUCUCUGACACGUCUAAAUCUGCUGCUUGGUGUCUCAUUGAUUUUGGAAAGUUCUCAGCCAUAAUUCCUUCAAAUAUUUCUUUUGCUUCAUUUUCUAUCCUUUCUUGUUUUAAUAUUCCAGAUAUGUAUAUGGUAUAAGUUGCAAAAAUGUCCUAAAGUUGUUGUAUGCUCUGUACUUUUAAUCCCAUUUUUCAAAUGGAAACUGUAGUUUGGAGCAUUCCUAUUGGCCUAUCUUCCAGCUCACUGAUUCUUCCUUUGGCCGUGUCCGAUCUAUUAAUAAACCUGUCACAGGCAUUCUUCAUUUAUGUUACAAUACUUUCAUUUCAUGUAUAGCAUUUCUUUUUGAUUUUAAGUUUUCACAUCUUUUUAUUUUAUGCAUCUGUUAUUUCUCAUUGUCUAUUUUUCAAUUGUGACUUAUAUUAAUCAUAUUUUAAAUUCCUUAUUUUAUAAUUCCAACAUUGGUGUCAUCUAAAUCAAGUUUUUCCCUUUUUUUCUGCCUUUUGAUGUGCUUCAUAAUUUUUCAUUAUGCUGAGUAUAAAGCAUUUAAUAAUAAGAAUGAGAUAACUAGAUUUUAGUAUGAGGUUCUAUGUUAACCUGGCUAGGUGUUAGGUUAUGUCUAAUGUUUGCCAUAGCUGUAGAUAUCAGAGGCUUCAAAUUUUUCCAGUGUUCUUGCUGUUUUUCUAUCCUCUGGAAUUGUACUUCCCUAAUUAUCGCCCCUCAGAGCCUGAAUCUCUAAACUCUUUCAACAAUAACCCAUGAUUAUUGUAUUGGAGCCCUGUUGGCACUGUUAUAAGUUGUGGGGGAGUAGAACAGUCCAUAAUUGUUUAUGUUAAAUGUCAGCCUUUUAAUGAUUAUGUGUCCCUAUGCUGUGACCUUUACAAAGGCUUGUUAGUUUUUUCCUCUCCCUCUUGGGUAAGAAAGAAAAGCUAAGGGGACUGGAGUGGAAGAAAUGCCUUUUCCUUAACUGGAAAAAGAUUCCAUUAUUUUUUUGCUAUAGAAAAUGCUCUGGACAUAUCUUACAAUGAUUAUUAUUCCUUUGUCCUCUCAGAACCAAGAAAUGACCUUUCUCAGACAUUCACCUUGAGAACCUGGUGAAAUUCCUUGAGGCAAAACCCAUUAAAGUAUAGGGAUCCCCAAACACUGAUCUCUAGGAGUUUCUCACCCUCCAGCUAACUCAUGUCCAGCCUCUAGCAAAUCAUCAGAUUUACCACUUAAAUGUUCCUACCAGAGGAAUACACUUUAGGUAAACAGAUCCGCGUUUGACUUGUUGGACUCACCUCUCUCUCCAGGUUUGGAGUGGCAGUGGCAGUUUGCCUGAAAACUCAAUUAUAUUCUAGGUCCAGGAAAAGUCAUUGAUUAUCAGGUUGUUCAGCUCUUUCUUGUUGUAAAGAUAACAGUAUCAGUUUUCAAGCUGUUUAUAUGUGAGGCUAAAAUCAGAAGUCCAUAUAAUUUAUUUUCCCAGUAGCUUUAGUAUCAUUAGCCCCAUUUUACAGGUGAGGAAAAUCAAACCCGGACAACAGCCUAACUCUUUAGCAAUGUAUAAGACUGCCAUGCUCAUUGAGGUUGCUAUCCCUUCCCAUGUGGCUGUCCACCAACUGCCUUCUGACUGGAUUCCACUCGUGUCUCCUUUCAUUUUACCUUGGGCCGCCUUUUCAGAGGCAAAUGUCACUGUUCUCAUUCUUCUUUGUGAAAGCUGUAGUAGCUUUUCAUCGAUGUUGUGCAGCCUCUAUGGGUCUCACCUGAACUUUGUGUCUUGUUUAUUUCCCUUCAAACACAGAGGUUCCCUACAGACCCGGGAAUGCUUCAUAGUCCCUCUCAGGCUGACAUGUUCUUUCCCCCAACUCCUAAAAUUACUAAUCUCCUUUCAGCCUUUGGGUCAGUGUCAGAGGAAAUAGCACCGUAUAAGUCUCCAUCCUCGGAUCUUUGUCUCAGUCCCUUGUCUUUCUUUCCUUCAUAUCACUUACAACCAUUUGUAAGCACUUAGUUGUGGCCUGGUUUUUCCAUCUUCCCCAGUAUGUUGUAAACUUCAUGAGACUAGGUGCCACAUUUCUCUUAUUCUGUUAUAAGCCCAGAGCCAAGUACAGGUCAAGCCACAUAGGAGAACUUUAGUCAAUGUGUUUGAAUGAAGGAAUGCAUAAGAUGAGACAAAGUCUGGAUGGAUGGAAAAUAUGUUAUUUUGCACAUGCAUCCUUAGAGAAAGGACUGUUUUGAGUAACAACUACAGCUAAGGUGUACUGAGUACUUCCUAUUUGCAAGGUGCACAUCUAAGCCCUUGCUUAUUACAUCAUGUGACAUGCAUUCCAACUGUGUGUUGUAGUUAUUAUUAUUAUUUUCUUUUUAUGGAUGGGAAAAAUGAAGCAGGGAGCAUUUUAGGAGCUUGGAGUAGCCAGCCAAGCUAGGAAGGUAUAAAGUAUAGAUUCAGCCAAGCAGUCUUGGCCCAGAACUUGUGCACUUGCCCUCUAAGCUCUACCACCUGUUGGGGUUUGGUACAUUUGAGAAUUGUCCCUUGGACUCAAUCCCACUAGCUUAAAAACAACUUUUACUCCACAGUUGAAAGGUGAGUGGCAGACUUUAUUAAAUCUCAUUUUGUAGUCUAAAAAUACUUUUAAAGACUGUUACAUUGGAGUUUUUAGCAUGAAUAGAUGACUUAUUCAAAGCUUCUAUAUGAUUUUAGAUAUGCAGGGGGUACAAUCCAUUAGCUUUACACCCAUUAGUGCCCAGAGUAAAGGGUAAAAUCAGUUUUGGGGAGUAAUUUUCUUCGUGCUUCAUUUCUCCUCUAGGUCAGUUGCCUCUGGUUUUGUCAUAACAUAAACAUGCUAGUGUUAGAAGCAUGCGAGAGGAGAAGAGACAGAGAGCAGGGAAGAAGCUUGUAUUUUGAGGGGAUAGCAAGAAGUGGGUGUGAAAAGGUGAGCCUCAUGCUUGCUGAGACCUCAGAGAGGCCAAAUGAGCAGAAAUUCCUUAUUUGUUGUCGCUCCCCCUCUUCGUGGAGGAACGACACAGGACCCUGCGCUGUUCUUUCUGUCUGCUCGGCCCUCCCCGGGUUUGCUGCUGGUUCUUCCCGGGUUGGCUACUAUCCCUUCCACCUCCGUGGAAGGGCAGUUCCCCCUGGCCACAUUCCCCACUUCCGCAGGGGAGCGGCACACCGCCGGCCGGCUUUCUCGGGGGCUGCACGGGUUCCCUUAGAUGUUCCCCAUAGAUGUUCCUGGUGCAUGCCGUCUCUCUCCUCCUUUAUAGUCCUCCUCCGCCAAUCCCAACUCGGCUGCCCACACGCCGAGUACGCUGCUCUCCUCCAAUCAGGAGCAAGUCCUACAGUUAAUUGGUUGAACUGGAGGCAGCUGUGCGGAAGCUGUUUACUUCUCUCCCAGCGCCAUAUUGUGGGAGAGCAAAUGCAUAGAAUAAGUCUUAAUUCCAGUAACUCAGUCUAGUCCGGUUUGCUCCCCACAGAUCCCCCUUUCUUUUUAUUUUUGGUGUUGAUACGCGCCUGUCUUCGGUGUCCCGCGGCACACACUCUGCUCUACUUGCUAGAGUUGCCACAGGUUCUUAAAAGUCCUAUCAAUCAGGCAAACCGAAUCCGGGUCCUCUCUUCGCCAUGUUGUGAGGAGGUUUUUAGGCGCUGAUGCGUGCCUGUGUUCGGUGCCCUGCAGCGCAUGCUCUGCCUGCAGGGGGCUUACAAGCCCUAUCAGGCAAACCGAAUCCAAGCCUUCUCAUUGCCGUAUUGUGGGGGAGACUUAUUAGUGUUGGUUCGUGCCUAUCUUCGGUGACCUGCAGCUCAUACUCUGGUCGAGCUGCUUGCUGGCGCUUACCGCCUUAAUCAGGCAGACCGAAUCCAAGCCUCCUAAUUGUUACAUUGUGGGGAAGCCUUACUGAUGUUAAUUCGUGCCUGUCUUCGGUGACCUGCGGCGCAUAAGCUGCUAGCCGCCCAGGUGCUCAUCGCCUCACUUAAUCAGGCAGACCGAAUCCAAGCUUUCUCAUUGCCAUGAUGAGGGGAGGCCUUUCUAUUUCUCUAUUUCUCUAUCUCCGGGCAUUCCUAUUUCUCCCAUUUUACUUCUAUCUCCCAGCAUUCUUAUUUCUUCUCAUUUUAUUUCUAAACUUCUAUUUCUCUUAUCCCUGCAGCUUCCCGGUGCCUCGCCCUGCCGGCAGCUUCACGGCUCCGCGCAGCUUCCCGGCGCCUUGCCCCGCCCCGAGGCUGCUUCUCGGCGCCUCGCCGGCUCUGAGCCGCUUCAGCCUCUCUCAUCUGCACGGCUCGGCUUUGCGCGGCUUGGCUUCGCGCGCUCCGCGGUCUCCACGCCUUUCGCGUCUGCACCACGGCCUCGCGCCAGCCCCGUUCCCUAUCUAUUCACGCCCCGUGCUCUCUCUGCACGUGGCGGCUUCCGCGAGUAACACAGCGUAGCUUACGUGUCCGCCACUAGCAUUCAAUCUAAGUUCCCCGGGCUAGCCUGGCGAAUUCAACCCAGCAUACGUCUCCGCCCCACGGUUUGGCUUCCCGUCCUUUGCUCCCCGGGCUAAUCAGACGGAUCCCAACCAGGCUCACGUUUCAGCUUCUGGUUUCAACUUUUCGCCCCCUAUUCCCGGGCUAACUUGAGAACCCCAAAGUGGCUUUCGUGUCCGCCUUGGCCUGCCCCCCACGGCUUCAAUUUCCCUAACAUUUUUCUCUACCCGGUAUGUUUCCCCAAACUUUCCUCCAACGAUAUUCCUCCCUCAUUUCUCCUGGCCUCUCCCCACAGUCCGCGUCCGAGUCUGUUUGUUCUAGCAUUCACUUUCGCUUUCGACCUUAGAGAUUUCUCCCAGCUUCCCCCCGUAGUCCGUAUCUGAGUCUAUGCCUAGGCUUUCAAUAGCUUCUUCCGGCACCCUUUUCGUCCGGCUUUUCCCUAGGCUGUUUGCUAGUCUCUCUCUCCGGUAUUUUCCCAGUUCUUCCCGUUUCUUCCCUCUUAAGUUUGCUAUCCGAGUGAGGGCGCGCACCGAUAGUCCGGGAAAAUUUAGUUUAAUAAAAGGGGAGUUACGGUAGCCGCAGAAAAUAGAACCAAACAAAAAUUGCAGGGGAAACCCUUCUGAAUGGAGCAGGCGUGAAUCGGACGACCUACUGGGAGAACAAGGUCGCCCACCGCACGGAAGCAAAGUCGCGGGACCCAGCCGCAGAAGCCCCAGGGUCUGCGCGACAGUGCUCCAAGGAGAGUGCACGCCACACAGAAAACAGCGGGGAGACUUGAGACGCUCAGGGCUCCGAGUCCACACAUCGGCGCUGGAAGGGGAGGUGAGCUCAAUAACCCGAGACAUUGGUGGGGAAACGGGGGUCAGAAUCUAGAGGGGGGCCGGAAAGUGCAGCAAACUCACUACCGGAAAGAAGGAAAAAAAAAAGCUUUGGGGUUUCUCUUCCCCCUAACCUUGCAAAGGUUACAAGGCUGCCAGACUUGAAGAAUUCCCAAGAGACAAAGAGCAGGCCUCCUCUUUGGAUUUACAUAUCAGUGGGGGAGAGUUAAGGAACUGAGUCACUACAAUUCAGUAGCCUAGGCAACCCAGUGGGAGUCCAGAGGAGCCAAAGACUGGAAGCUAAAUACCAUCAAUUCUGCACAGCCCUGCCCUGCAGUGUUACUUACCCCCUGAAUAAAUAAAAUAAAUAAAUAAAUAAAAAGAGAGAGAUUUACCACACAUAACCUGAGGGUGUCACCUUUGCACACCCUUAACCUGGAAGAACCAGGCAGAGCUCUCAGGCCGCACCCAUCUCAAGCCUCCAAGGCUCCUCCAACAGCAGGCAGUCCACUUAACACGGACACAGUAUAAAAAAAAAAAAAAAAAGAAAAAAAAAAGCGCACAGUGACGCAAGAAGAAUUAACUAUGCCGAGUAACAAACACAGAAAUAGAGGGAGCAAGAUCAACGAUGACACUAUGAUGCCUCCAAAUAAGCAAAACACCCCAAGCCAAGAGUAUGAAGAUGAUGAGAUAGAAGAAAUGCAAGAUACGGAUUUCAAAAAAUUUAUGAUAAGAACAUUUAGAAGUUUUCAAAAGCAAAUCCUUGAACUACAGAAAUCCUUAAUGGACAAGAUUGAAAAUCUUUCUCGUGAAAAUGAAAUUUUAAGGAAGAGUCAAAAUGAAACUCAGAAACUAGUAGAACAGGAAAGUGUAAUAGUCAAGAGAAAUCAAAAUGAAAUGAAGAGCUCAAUAGAUCAAAUGACAAACACAUUAGAAAGCCUUAAAAACAGAAUGGGUGAAGCAGAAGAGAGAAUUUCGGACUUAGAAGAUAGAGCACAGGAAAACAUACAGUCAAACCAAAGAAAAGAAGAGGAAAUUAGAAACCUGAAAAAUAUUGUUGGGAAUCUACAGGAUACUAUUAAAAAAACCAACAUUCGAGUUCUAGGAGUUCCUGAAGGCAUGGAGAGAGAGAAAGGAUUGGAAGGCCUUUUUAGUGAGAUACUAGCAGAGAACUUUCCAGGUUUGGAGAAGGACAGAGAUAUCCUAGUACAGGAAGCUCAUAGAACCCCCAAUAAACAUGACCAAAAGAGAUCCUCACCACGACACGUGGUAAUUAAACUUACCACAGUGAAACAUAAAGAAAAGAUCCUAAAAUGUGCAAGAGAGAAACGUCAGAUUACUCUCAGAGGAUCUCCAAUCAGACUCACAGCUGACUUCUCAUCAGAAACCCUACAAGCUAGGAGGGAAUGGCGAGACAUAGCACAGGUGCUAAGAGAGAAAAAUUGCCAGCCCAGAAUAUUAUAUCCUGCCAACCUAUCAUUUGUGAAUGAAGGUGAAAUAAAGACCUUUCAUAGCAAACAGAAAUUGAAAGACUUUGUGGCCACUCGUCCGGCCCUGCAAAAGAUACUUAAAGAUGUGCUACACUCAGAAACACAGAAACACGGCCAUCAAUAUGAAAGAAGGGAAAGGAAGAACACCUACCAGUAAAAGAGCAUGGGAAGCUCAAAGCAUAUACUAGAAAAUAUUUCCGGGAAAAUGGCAGGGCAAAGUCACUACGUAUCAAUUGUCACAUUGAACAUUAAUGGUCUGAAUUCUUCAGUUAAAAGACACCGUUUAGCUGACUGGCUCACAGAACACAACCCAACUAUUUGUUGCCUACAAGAAACACAUCUCUCUAACAAAGAGGCAUGCAGACUGAAAGUGAAAGGUUGGAAAAAGAUAUUCCAUGCCAACAGAAACCAAAAAAAAGCAGGUGUAGCCAUAUUAAUAUCAGACAAAAUAAACUUUAAUACAAAAACUGUUAAGAGAGACAAAGAGGGACACUAUAUAAUGAUUAAGGGUUCAAUUCAACAGGAAGAUGUAACUAUUAUAAAUGUAUAUGCACCUAAUUACAGGGCACCGGUCUAUUUAAAAGAUAUGUUAAGGGACUUAAAGGGAGAUUUAGAUUCCAAUACAAUAGUACUGGGGGACUUCAAUACUCCACUCUCAGAAAUAGACAGAUCAUCCGGACAGAAGAUCAACAAGGAAACAGCAGAUUUAAUUGACACUAUUGCCCAAAUGGAUCUAACAGAUAUCUACAGAACUUUCAACCCUACAUCUACAGACUUCACAUUCUUCUCAGCAGCGCAUGGAACCUUCUCUAGGAUUGAUCACAUACUAGGACAUAAAGCAAAUCUCAGCAAAUUUAAAAGAAUUAGAAUCAUACCAUGCAGCUUCUCAGACCACAGUGGGAUGAAGCUGGAAAUUAGCAACUCAGGAAACCCCAGAAAGUAUGCAAACACAUGGAGACUGAACAACAUGCUCCUGAAUGAACACUGGGUCAUUCAAGAAAUCAAAAGAGAAAUCAAAAACUUUCUGGAAGUAAAUGAAGACAACAACACAACAUAUCAAAACUUAUGGGAUACAGCAAAAGCAGU